AUGAGCUAUUACUCCCACUGGGAUCUUGACUUCGAAGCCAAUACAACAAUGGUGGCACCUUUGCUGUUAAGAUGGAUUCUAAAAGGGCUUAUUCUGUCUUUUCUGCUCAAAGCUACUCUGUCCCUAAACCCAGAUGAUCCAAAUGUUUGUAGUCAUUGGGAAAGCUACGCUGUGACAGUACAGGAAUCCUACGCUCAUCCUUUUGAUCAGAUCUAUUAUACGAGAUGUACUGACAUACUGAACUGGUUCAAGUGCACCAGACACAGAAUAAGUUAUAAAACAGCGUAUCGAAGAGGACUGAGAACUAUGUACCGGCGAAGAUCCCAGUGCUGCCCUGGAUAUUACGAAAGCGGAGACUACUGCAUACCGCUCUGCACAGAGGAGUGUGUGCACGGAAGGUGUGUUUCUCCUGACACUUGUCACUGCGAGCCAGGCUGGGGAGGUACUGAUUGCUCCAGCG